AUGUCAUUUGUUAAAUAUCUACUUUAUUUCAUGUGCUUACAUGAAAUUAUUGCUAUAUUUCAAAUUAAUUUUGAUCUCACCGAAAUUAUCAAUAAUAACAAUCUUGCUAUUCAACAUGAUUGUCUCAAUAUUAUUGGUUUAACUAAAACUGAAAAUGAUCCUUAUGAUAUAAUCUCAUAUUGUAUGAAUGAAUGGCCAUCAAAAUGGAGUAUUCAAAAAAGUAAUAUGGAUCAACAUUUUACUUUUGCUGAAUUUUACGAACGAAAUAUUACAAGUCAACAAUUAUACAUUUGGUCAGCACCUAUGGAUACAAUUGAAAAUUAUUAA